CCAGAGUUCCUAGGGCACCAUCUCUUCGUUGUUUAACCUUUGUGAUUGCUAUCUUGAGUUUUUUGACCGAUUUUUGUUAAUUGUGAGUUCCAUUUUGUCUGAUUGACAAAGUAUUAUAUGUUAUGCACACGAUGUCUUUAUCCCAUUCUCAUAUGCAAAGUACUCGUGUUAUAUAAUAAGCAUCAGGGAUUUCCUCAUUCAAUCAGUAGCAUAAGGUCAGCCCUCAGCCUCUGUACAACCGUUGUACGUAUAUGAAUAAAACAGAAAGCUCAAAACCCUAGGGGUUUUUUUUCCCGGUUUUCUUUCAGAAUUCUUACUUGCCCCUCUCUCUAUAUAUAAUAUACAGUCUAUUAGAGGCUUUUAACAACUAUCUAGUGGUAUGAGGAAAGUAUUUUGCGUUUUUGACUAAAAUUUUGAGCCUUUAAUUUCUUAUUAGUAGUAAAAUUAGUCAAUCAGAUAUCGACAUAUCGUAAUGUUUAGGAUCUUUUUGUAUACUAUGGGUGUUUGAAGUGAUCUAAAACCAGUCUAUGUGUUAUAGAGUGUUUGUGCUCAAAGCCUCAGUUAGUAGGGUUUUUGUAGGUUCAUCCAUAUCAAGAUGGAAGUUGUCCGUGUCUUGUUUUAAAAUUUGUCAUUAGCAUGUUAAUUGCUUUUCCUAGGACAUCAGUUGAACACGCUGUUUUUACUCAUUGCGGUAGAUAUAAGUUGACAUUUUCUGUCUUUGUAAAACUUCUGUCUUUUGUCCAUGUGCUUACUCUCGCGAAUUUUGGCUGGUCUUUUUAUGAUUUGGUCUGCUUGGUAUAAGUUACAUUAGCAUUGUAAUACACUAUAUUUAAAUGAGGUAGGGUAAAAUGCAGGCGUGCAGCUUGGUCUUGCUUCUUCUAACAUAGUAAGUGUGAUAACUAGGAACUGAAAGGCGGAUUCCUGAUGAAGAUAUUGAAAGCCAAUGCUGGGGCACUUACAAAUUUUGAGGUACUUGAAUUCCUGCGGUCUAGGGGGGCUGGAAAAGACACCACACGUGUUAUAGCUCCUGUAGCACCAUCAGAAUAUAAGGUUUUUGAUUAUUUGGAGCAAAGUGUGGCUUGUAAUCAAACAAAAGAGAGCAUCACUGAUUUCAUUUCAAGGAGUGAGAAAUUUAAACUUGCAAAAGCUGAGAUCAUUAACGUCAUUAACAUUAGACCUUCUUCUGUUGUCGAAAUCGACUCGAUUGUGGAAGAUUGUGACGGACGAUUUGGAGAAAAUAUUGAUGAAUUAGUGAUAUGGUGGCAGAAGUGUUUCCUUUACCAACUUCAAUUGAAACUAAUGAGGCCGAGAAUGGUGCUCAGCAAUUCUUUGCUUGGAUCAUAUCAUGCUGAGUUUUACACCAAUCUGGCUGGCACUAAAGGAAAAGGUACAUGGUCAAUUAGUAUUGAUGAUAUAGUACAUGGUCAUCCCUUUGCUCACCCUCGAGUAAAUAUAUACACCUUACUCGAGUAUUUUGUUUCAGGGGGUGCUACCAAGGAAGUGCCCAUUGAUGAUGCUAGUUAUAGCAAAUUACAGGGUACUGAUUAUAAGUGUGCUGAAUCACCUGCAUCAGAAACCCUGUCUGAUAUUGAAGAUCUUGAGCUUAUUCCCUUAGCGCAAUGUAAUUUGCAUGUGAGGUUUGCUGUAACGAGUGCAUUUAUGUCAAAUUGGAGACCAUGCAUCUAA